AACACCCAUCAGUUCUAUUGUGGUGCCGCAUUCAAAUCAAACUACUUGUUGGUCCUUAACACCAGAGUUUAAUUAGGACUCCGACAGGCUAGAUUUUCAGAAUUGAAUAUGUCAAAUCGGGAGAAACAACGUCUCUUGCCCUUGUAAGCGCAGUGAUAAUUUGGAAACCUCUGCCCCUUGAGCCCAAUGCUGUGUCACGGUGAUGGUUGCGAUUUGCGGCAUUUACACUUUGCAGAGCUCGCAGCGCAUUCAGCAAAAGCUACCGUAUCGUAUAAUAAACGAAGGCGAAGCGGGAGGGACACGUUGCAGGCUUUCACUUUUUCAUAAUUCAGUAAUUACGGGAUGCUAAAAACGAGCUGCCAAGUUGUUCGAAUUUGCUCACGUUAUUGUCAGCGAGCGGAGCGACAAUUUUCAGAGGGUGUACUGAAUGGAUUUUUUGGAUCCGUAGGAAAUACACCACUCAUCAAACUUGAUGGAGUUAGCAAAGAAACGGGUUGCAAUAUCCUCGUUAAAGCAGAGUUUAUGAACCCUGGUGGAUCUGUGAAAGAUCGAGCAGCUCUUUUCCUAAUCAAAGAUGCACAAGAAAAAGGCAAUAUUAAAAAAGGUGGAACAGUAGUUGAAGGAACAGCUGGCAACACUGGAAUAGGACUCGCACAUAUAUGUAAUGCUUUGGGAUAUAAAUGUGUAAUAUAUAUGCCUGAUACACAGUCAAAGGAAAAAAUAGAACUGCUACUUGCAUUGGGGGCUGAUGUUCGACCUGUGCCUGCUGUUCCUUUUAAUAAUCCUGAUAAUUAUAAUCAUCAGGCCAAACGAUAUGCAGAUUCUCUUGAUAAUGCUGUAUGGACAAAUCAGUUUGAUAAUACCGCCAACAGACGAGCUCAUUUUGAAACAACUGGACCAGAAAUAUGGCGACAGACAGAUGGGAAAGUUGAUGCUGUAACAUUUGGAACUGGUACAGGAGGAACCAUGGCAGGUGUUUCAUCAUUUUUAAAGACGAAAAAUAAGAAUAUACAGACAAUUGUUUCUGAUCCACAGGGUAGUGUUCUAUAUAAUUGGUUUACAAAAAGAAAACUAGAAAGAUCAGAUGGUAGUUCAAUUACUGAAGGUAUAGGACAAGGAAGAGUGACUGAAAAUAUGAAAGGAGCUCCAAUUGAUGAUGCUAUCUGUGUCCUGGAUAAAGAUGCUGUGGAAAUGACAUUUAGAUUACUUCACGAAGAAGGUUUUUUUGUUGGUGCUUCUUCCGGUCUCAAUGUUGCAGGAGCUGUAGCAGUUGCUAAAAGGUUGGGCCCAGGCCACAAUGUGGUUACUUGUCUAUGUGACACCGGCCAACGUUAUUUUACAAGAUUAUUCAGUAGGCAAUGGCUGGAAGGCAAAGGUCUGGUAGAAUUCAUACCGGAAAAAUAUAGGAACUCCCUCAUUCCAUAGACAAUUUGGCGCUCCGGAAGUGUGUGUACCAAUAUGGAGGUAACUAAUUUUGUCCGCCUACUUUAAGUCAGGUUGUGUAAAGGGACUGGAACCUAUAGGCAGGGGUGAAUUUACUUGGCCAACACAAACAGU